AUGUUGAAGGUCUUAUCUUUACUUAGUAUCAUAUUGAUGAUUAUUGCAAUUUCAGUCCCUACACAUGGUGAAGCUGAUUGGAGUCCUACAAAGACAAAUGUACGUGUUGAAAACCAAUUAGGCACAAACGUUUUUAUACAUUGUAAAUCAUCAGACAGUGAUCUUGGUGACCAUAAUGUUUUUAACAACGAUUUUGUAGAAUGGUCUUUUAGAGCCAACAUUCGUGGUACCACUUCGUUUUCUUGUGCCUUGUUUUGGGGUGACAAUGUGCAUCAGAGCAUAGUAAUUUAUGAUGCUAAGAUAGAUGAGUCAUUGUGUAUUUCCAAAUGUUUGCGAGUCCUUAAACCUGAUGGAGCCUAUUUUUACCAUCAAUACAAAGAUUCGUGGGAGAAAAGAUAUUCAUGGUAA